AUGGGCAAGGCCUCCAAGGACAAGAGGGUACGCUACCUCCGCCUCUCCGCCCAGCUCCUCCUCCGCUCUUGCGUUUUCCCCGCUUCUCACCGGUCUGCGGUGCCGGUUGCUCAGGACAUCUACUACCGGAAGGCCAAAGAGGAAGGGUGGAGAGCUCGCAGCGCCUUUAAGCUCCUCCAGAUAGACCAGGAGUUCAACAUCUUCCAUGGAGUGAAGCGUGUGGUUGAUCUGUGUGCUGCUCCCGGAAGCUGGAGCCAGGUUUUGAGCCGGAACCUGUAUGUACCAGCAAAACAGUCUCCUGAUUGCAAGGAAGGCGAUCUUCCUCUCAUCGUUGCAAUUGACUUGCAACCAAUGGCCCCGAUAGAAGGUGUUAUACAAGUGCAGGGUGACAUCACCAAUGCCCGGACAGCAGAAGUGGUUAUUAGGCAUUUUGAUGGAUGCAAAGCAGACUUGGUUGUUUGCGAUGGAGCUCCGGAUGUUACUGGCCUUCAUGAUAUGGACGAAUUUGUUCAGUCCCAGCUUAUACUCGCGGCAUUGACUAUUGUGACUCAUGUACUCAAAGUUGGUGGAAAAUUUGUCGCGAAGAUAUUUCGGGGUAAAGAUACAAGUCUCCUGUACUGCCAGCUAAAACUGUUCUUCUCACAAGUUACAUUUGCGAAGCCAAAAAGUAGCAGGAACUCAAGCAUUGAGGCGUUUGCAGUUUGUGAGAACUAUUCACCUCCAGAAGGGUUCAAAGAGGAAGAUCUAUACCACCUGCUAGAGAAAGUGGGGACUCCUUCAGGAGGUGACGAUUUAGAUUGCAGAAGCGGAUGGCUCGAGGGACCAAACAAGGUUUACAUCCCGUUCCUUGCCUGCGGGGAUCUCAGCGGCUACGACUCCGACCGCUCAUACCCGCUCCCGAGCACGGACGGCGGCUCCUACCGGAGCUUGGACCCCGUCCAGCCUCCCAUCGCCCCGCCUUACAAAACCGCCCUGCAGAUGAAGAAGGCUUCCAGUCACAGUGCCAGCGCGGACGCCAUGAAACCAUCCAGACUCUUGAGCUGCAACCUGGGCCAGCCUGUUUUUGCUCCACCACCGUGGUAA